AUGAAGUUACUUUUCCUCAUUCUGCCCUUCUUGGGUAGCGUCCUGGCCCUGGUACCUCGCGAUCCACGAGCAGCAUCCGGAGUAUGCACUUGCGAGACCGUAGUCUGCGCCCAAGUCUGGCCCGACUCCUGCUACUGCGCCAACGACGCCAAAAAAGCAUGUUAUGAAAAAUGCGGUGGAAGCCCUCCAACAUACAAUACCUGUCCUCCUCGAGGCGUAACACCACGCGCAGCAGACGAAGCAGCAGCACCCACACCUACAGCCCCAUCUACCUGCGUCUGCGAACCAGUCUUCUGCCUAGACUCAUGGCCCGACUCCUGCUACUGCAACAACACCGCGAAGAAAAACUGCUACGAAAAAUGCGGCGGUGAACUACCCGAGUACCAGAAGUGCCCACCACGAGCCGCAAAACCAGACCCUGUCCCCGAACCAAAAUGCCAGUGCCCAGAAAUAAUCUGUAUCCAAUCCUUCCCUGAAGGAUGCUACUGCGCCAACAAUGCCAAAUUGCAAUGUUACCAGCAAUGCGGCGGCGAAGAGCCAGUGCUGAGUUCUUGUGAUUAA